CACAGUACUCCGCUCAGCCCAGGGCGUUUCUCGGCCAGAGACGCCAGCGGGCCGGCGAGGGGCUGGGAGGCGCGGGGCGGGAUCUUCCCUGCGCCCCCGCCCUGCCCGCCUCCUGCCGCCGCUCUUCUUUGCCGCGGGCUACGGGGGCAACGAGAGGCGACUCGCCGGCCCUCGCUCUUCCUCUCGGCGGGGCUGCAGCCGGCGGCACGGUGAGGUUUCCAUACUUGCUGUGAUUCUUCAGAUUUGUUCUUUUCUUGAAAUGGUUGGACUAGGAAACAGCUGUCGCGGGAUGAAGUCUCCACCACUCCUCGUGGCUGCGCUCGUGGCGUGCAUAAUUGUUUUGGGUUUCAAUUACUGGGUUGCAAGUUCUCGCAGCAUGGAUCUACAGGGUCGAGUCAUGGAUCUGGAAGGCAAAGUCCGCAGGGCGGCAGCGGAGAGGGGUGCUGUGGAACAAAAAAAGAAUGAAUUCCAAGGGGAGCUAGAGAAGCAGCGACAGCAGAUUGACAAAAUCCAGUCCUUGCACAGCUUUCAGAUGGAGAAUGCCAACAGAGUACAUCAGGAAGAGAAGGCAGUGCUGAUGAGUAACAUCACAGUAAAUGAUCGAUUGAUUCAGAGUCUACGAGAACACUUGAAAGAGUUACAGACGGAAUAUGGAAAGCUACAGCUGGAUGUUUACUGGUUUCAGAAGAACCAGACUAACCUUCAGAGGAAGUUCUCAUAUGACCUCUCACAGUGCAUCAACCAGAUGAAAGAAUUAAAAGAACAAUGUGAAGAAAGGAUAGAUGAACUUAGAAAAAAGAGUAGUGAUGUACCACAAAUCGAAGAAAACAAAGACUUCAGAGAAGAUAGCCAGGUUGAUACUCAACUGCCAGCCUUGAAGCAAGCAGGGUUCAAGCAGGCUGACUUGGAACACCACAAAACCAAUGAAGAUGUUCCUAAAGCAGUACCUACAGUAAGAAAGAUAGACCUGAUGCAGGUUAAAGGAAGAACAGACAGUCUAACUGGCAUGAGAAAACAGGAGCUUAAGGCAGAAGAGGAGCAGCUUUCCAGUCAGUUGGAAAAACCUCAAGAGUCGCUCAAGGCUGCUGCAGGUCACAAGGAGAUGCUGCCUGUGUCAGAGAAGGAGCCAAAUCCACCUAAGGAUGAGAACCAUGUAGCUGGGCAAGAUAUGUCAGAGCCAGCAGCAGAGCAGGCUGCCAGUGAGGAAAUUGAGAGGGAACAAUUCCUAAAUUACGAUGAUAAGCAGGAUGACUUGCUCCCUGGAAAGGCUGACAAACAGGAACAUGAAGAUGUGAACCAGGACAAGGAUGUCGAUUACAAUUUAGAUGUGAAUGAAGCUGAAUCAGAAACUGACAAGCAAGCAGCACUUGCUGGGAUUGAAAAUGUUCAAAACCAUGAAGAUAUGAAGAACCACUUACCUGACAAUGGUGAAGGACGACAGAAGUUGUGAACAAAGGAAGUUCAUGAUACAACUGAGUCACCUCUUCCUCCAAAUGCAGCAAUGAUCCAAGCAAAGUGAUCUUAGAAGGUUUUGAUUAUCUUCUUAAAGCUUGACUAGAGGCCAAAAUGAAGUAGUAUUUUCUUGUGAACUUUUAGUACUGUUGCAGUGAGGGAAAGAGGUAAAUCUCUGGACACUUGUUUCAAAGCAGUUUGGCCUCAUCAAUGACUUUUUCCUUCCUAUCAGUUAUAAAACUGUAAUCAGGUAGCAAUUAAGUUAAUAACUUUGAAGUUGGCUACCUUGUAUAGUCAUCCUGCUGUAAGUGUAUGUGUGGAUUGGUCGUAAUGAUGAGCAAUCCUCUGCCAAGGAUGGAUCUCUCUGUUGAGCAAUGCACAGUAGAGAAAUCGCCAGCUUAGUUUUAAGAAUUUAAGAAGGGGCUGUGUUACUGUAACAAAACAUAGGAGGGAUGAAAACCAGUCCAUGCUGCAAUCUGCCCUUGUGUCUGUUCUGGCACUUUUUUGCUGCAACACAGACUAAGAAAGCACAACUGUAGUCCUCAGAUACUGUGCAGAAUGGUAUAUAUACCUGGGCCUCUAAAUUAAAUUCUUAGAGUACACUGACAAGAUGUGUUCUUAGCUUUAAAACUAAAAAAAAACCCAAAAGGAUUUUGACAAUAGAAGUUUCUUGCUUAAGAGAUAAGCCAGGAAGAUUUUUCUGAAAGCUUUGUUGGAUUUCACAAGGCCAGUAGAACAGUUUGUUUUGCUUACCACUACUGGGCACAAGUUUAGUGUAAAAAUUCAAACUCAUAAACUUUUCAUGACAGAAGCCCUCUGAAAUGUGUACUACAACUACCCUUUACUCCACCCAGCCACGAUCUUUUGUGAAAACAGGAGUGCAAAUGCUUGCCUUGUACAACAGCAAUCUCAGUUGUUCAAUGUGACUUGUCUUCUCUGCUGGACUUCCGAUGGAGGUAACCAAAGUAUGCAUUCAGAAGACAAGACAUUGUCUUCCACAGGUGAAGCCUUAGUUGUUUUGAAGUUGUAUGUUAAUCACAAUGUAUCAUCUUGUUAAUGUUUUGCAGUCUUUUCUGUAACUUGUUAAAUGUAAACUAAAAACUAUUUCACUAGUUUACACCCUUAACUGCAGGCCAACCACCAUGUAUAGCCAGCUGGUUUGAAGAAAUUUUUGUAUUUGAGUCUGCUCCCAAGACCGACUCCUGUGUUUGGAGCAUUGUUAGUAUGAACCAACCUCUGUGAGACAGCACAGCUGCCAGACAGCUGUGACUAAGUUGCCAACCAGCAUUCCAUUUAAGAAAACACAAAUUUGUCUUUGUUUUCCAUUGCAGCACUUCACUUUGUAA